GUCGAGCUGGAUCAGCUGACAUCACGCAGCUUCUCCUUUUGAUGCUCUUCAGGCUUCCCUCCUCCAUCGACCGAUAGAGAAAACAGUAAUAUUCCCUUUCCGUAACCUUACUGGCGUCAAAUUUUAGAUUUGAGCCAAAGAACCCUUGCUAAUCUAGCAGGAAAACCACCAGAUAGAUGCUACUAGAGUGGAUGAUGAACGGACACGCCAUUCUUUAUACGGGGGUCACUUUGGCCUUCUGGAGUACCAUACUAAUCGUCGGUAUUUGCUAUACAAUUUUUGACCUUGGAUUCCGAUUUGAUGUGGCAUGGUUUCUGACAGAGACCUCUCCUUUCAUGUGGGCCAACCUUGGCAUUGGUCUGGCCAUAUCCCUGUCUGUGGUUGGGGCAGCCUGGGGGAUCUACAUCACAGGCUCAAGCAUCAUUGGUGGUGGUGUCAAGGCUCCACGAAUCAAAACCAAGAAUUUGGUCAGCAUCAUCUUCUGUGAAGCUGUAGCAAUUUAUGGAAUCAUUAUGGCGAUUGUCAUUAGCAACAUGGCUGAGAGCUUCAGUGGAACAACCCCUGAGACCAUCGGGGCAAGGAACUACCAAGCUGGUUACUCCAUGUUUGGAGCCGGUCUGACUGUGGGCUUUUCCAACCUCUUCUGUGGCAUCUGUGUGGGCAUUGUGGGCAGUGGAGCAGCGCUGGCAGACGCCCAGAACGCCAGCCUCUUUGUGAAGAUCCUCAUUGUGGAAAUCUUUGGCAGUGCAAUCGGCCUGUUCGGAGUCAUUGUAGCCAUUCUGCAGACAUCAAAAGUAAAGAUGGGAGACUAAAAGAUGCAUCGCAAGCAGAGAAGAUACAAUAGACCCUGCUGGAAAAUAAGAUGGAUUAUUGUGUAAAUACAUCGUAAAUUAUUUAAAUGUCUCUAUUUGCCUGAGAUUGUUUUUAACUAACAUUCACACAAGAGUGGUCUGUGCACAUCCUACUGUCUUUUCGAGAGGCACGGAUGUGGAAUCCGAAUCACAGCAGAAAUGUUUUAAAGGAUUGUAUGCGAUGAUCGCUUUCCACAAGUUGGGAAUAUUAGGAUUAGUCUCACGAUAAAUUGCAGCUGUCACUCAGAUUUCAGGACAUUUUUCGACUAAUCUUGGUGAAUGAUUAGUUAAAGAUUACAACUAGAGUAUUUGGAAAUAUUUGUGUGUAUGUGUGUGUGUAUGCUGGACAUGUGAUUCUAAUUUUUUUUUUUUUUCUUUUUCCUGUGAAGCAUGAGGGUGUUUACCAUUGUGUUUACUGUAGCCUGGUCUGUCAUCGUUUUUCUUUUUUGUUUUUCUAAUUGUUCUCUAAUAAGCAAGUGGUCCUUAAUCCACACAGUGGCCCAGAUACAGUAUUUAUCAAAGCCUGCAGAAGUAACAGAGUCUCUGAAGUUUUCGUAUUUUAAGAAGCGAAACAGAGUCGCAUCACAGCAGCAGAUCUGAUCUAAAUAUGUCACUCUGUUGUUCAUCUCCUCUAUUAUAGCGUAGAGUUGUAGUUCCCAAAAACGUUAUGGCGUUGACACGAUCAUCUGAAAGGUACCGUCUUGUUAACAAAGCUGCCUCGCCGCUCUGAGAUCUCACGUACUUUUAACAAGAUCAUCACACUUUUUUUAAGCGGUUAUAUUAGACUUGAAAUAGCAGCAUCAGCAUUGGUAGUACCAUAGUGUGGACACCCAGAAUAUUAUUGUUCUAAUCGAACACACAGCAAAUGACUAGCAUCCAAAGAAAUAAAGAUGACACUAACAACAAGAACAGCAUUAGAGUAUCAAACAUCUCAUAGCUGCAUUUUUUUUUUUUUUUGAUUGUCCUUAUUUUAUAAAAGUUCACAUUCUGUCUCCACAUUUUAUCUGUUGUAAUAAAACUGUCUUGUUGUGUGCGUCACCAGGUUAUUUUCUAACAUUCCUUCAUGUAUGGGUGAUGUGCAAUUUGAGUAGUGGAUAAAUUAGACUUGCUACUUCAUAACAAAGCCAUCGUUAAAGCUUUGUACGUGUGUGUUUGUGUGUCUGGUGAUUUAGAUGGUAAAUGUCACCCUGAGCUGAUCUGGCUGAUGAUAGAGUAAUAAUCUGGACAAAAAUCAGAAUGUUUUUUUUGUUUUGUUUUGGGUUUUUUUUUGGUGUGUUUGACAUGUAUUGAAACACUUUUCUUGGGAUGCAUCAUUCCAUAAGUUGGACAUCUCCAGACGGCAGACCACGGCUGAUUGUGAAUCGCUUUAAAUCUUUUCUUGUGUUUCUCUUCAACUUUUCUCGUGAACUAUAAACAUCAAAAAUUAAUGUUGGGAAAUCUCCAAUUGUCUUCAUUACACAUACUCAUAUCCUGGGCUUCCCAAAGGUGUGCAAAGAUGGUUUUAUAAUUGAAUGGAGAUCUAAUACCUUGGCGAACCAGGCUCUGUACCAAACCCUUGGCUUUCAGUGACUGUAGUUGGUACUGUGUGUGCAUUAUGUUGAUGUGAUGGUUAUCAGAGAAUAACUUUGUUUUUGACAUUGUGUAUGAUAUGAAAAAACCCUGAUCUUCAUUCUCACUUCAUAUGUAUGUCCUGAAGGAAAUAAAAUGCUCCAAUCAAGGUA